AGCAGCUAUUCUGCCCUUGUAUGAUGGCGGACGUGUGUACCCACCUCUCCACCGCAACAUACACACACUGCAAGCGGCGGAACAGCGCCCUGUACCGGCUGGACAGUCCGUCUGCUCGAGGUAGCACACCCGGAAGAACAUUCAUGGAUACGGAGAUAGAUUUUCCUACUAGGGAAUAAGGAUAACCAAGUCGGAAUCAUCUUUGUUAUCAAUUUAAUUCUAAAAACAAACAAACAACAACAAAAAACACUCGUGCCGCCCGCCCAGGUUUAUUUCUGAAGACCACUCGCGAGCCUAACCGCAUGAGCCGCAUCCUUUUGGGAGGUGCGCUGGCCAACUAUAAUAGGAGGAAUGAGCACUCAGGAGGGACCCAGUGAUGAGCAGGAUCAAGGGGAAUCUGGAAGUGUCCAGGAGACCCCCAAUUCUGAGCAGGGGGAGACAGGCACCCAGGGGUCCCCCACAUCGGCGGGGAAGGCGGAGCCAGGGUCGGCCACACCCAGCAAUGGACAAGCGGGAGACAGCAGCCUCCCCGCAGAGAUUUGCGUGGUCAUCGGGGGGUCCCGCAACACGCAGACUCUGGGAUCCUACGUCUGUGGAAUAUGUGGAAAGAAAUACAAGUACUACAACUGCUACCAGACCCACGUUCGAGCACACAGCGAGUCAGAGGGUGGUGCCAGAGAGGGCGUGGCCCAGGCCCUCAACAGCAGUUUCCGAUAUGCCUGUGAUAUCUGUGGAAAGAAGUACAAGUACUACAGCUGCUUUCAGGAGCAUCGGGAUCUGCACGCUGUUGAUGACCCCUAUGACCAGGUUGUCAUACCAGUGGAUGACCAGAAAGAUGAAGAGCAGUGAGCCUCAGUGGACCAGAGGCCUGUAGAAACUGGGAGCUAUGUGUGCGAGUACUGUGGGAAGCAGUACAAAUACUUCAACCCCUACCAGGAGCAUGUGGCCCUUCACACCCCCAUAA